AUGUGGCUUGAUCAUUACCCCGGCGGCCAUUUACCGCUUCUUGCAUCGAAUCGACAGCGCUGUGAAACGUGUAGUUUAGUCCUGCGCCUUUUCGAGGUCUUUACCUACUUUCGAUUUUUGUCUUUUCUAUCUGCGGAGCUAUCCAUCUUUGUUUUUUCUAUCUAUCUAUCUAUCUAUCUAUCUAUCUAUCUAUCUAUCUAUCUAUCUAUUUUUGUCUUUUCUAUCUAUCUAUCUAUCUAUCUAUCUAUCUAUCUAUCUAUCUAUCUAUUUUGUCUUUUCUAUCUAUCUAUUGAGCUAUUUUUAUCUUUUCUAUCUAUCGAGGUAUCCAUUUUUGUCUUUUCUAUCUAUCGGGAUAUCUAUCUAUCUAUGUUUGUUUUUUCUAUCUAUCGAGAUAUCUAUCUAUCUAUCGAACUGUCCAUUUUUGUCUUUUCUCUCUAUCUAUCGAACUAUUUUACCUUUUCUAUCUAUUUUUUUUUUUCUAUCUAUCUAUCUAUCGAGCUAUCUAUUUUUGUCUUUUCAAUCUAUCGAGAUAUCUAUUUAUCUAUCUAUUUGUUCAUAGUUUUCUAUCUUCUUUUUUUUAUCACUUUUGUUUGCUCCCCCCUUGCCAAUUUCACCAACUUUUUCGCGCUUUCCAUUCUUCGGACUAGUACCCCCCCCCAUCCGCCAAUUCAUAACUCGGUUCAUAGCCAUCUUUUUUUUCUUUCCUUUCAUUCAUUUUUCGGUCUUUCUUUCUUUUUUUCUUUCCUUCUUUCUCACACAUUUCAUAGCUAUCAAUUUUUGUUUUUUUUUUCUAUCUAUCUAUCUAUCUAUCUAUCUAUCUAUCUAUCUAUCUAUCUAUCUCAUCUAUCUUAUCUAUCUAUCUCCUAUCUAUCAUUAUCUAUCUAUCUAUCUAUCUAUCUCAGUCUGGUCAUUAUCUAUCUAUCUAUCUAUCUAUCUAUCUAUGGCGUUUUCUUUAUAGUCAUAUUUCUAUCUAUCUAUCUAUCUAUCUAUCUAUCUAUCUAUCUCAGUCUGGUCAUUAUCUAUCUAUCUAUCUAUCUAUCUAUCUAUCUAUCUAUCUAUGGCAUUUUCUUUAUAGUCAUAUUUCUAUCUAUCUAUCUAUCUAUCUAUCUAUCUAUCUAUCUCACUCUGGAAUUAUCUAUCUAUCUAUCUAUUUAUCUAUCUAUCUAUCUAUCUAUCUAUCUAUCUAUGGCAUAUUCUUUAUAG